AUGAUAGGCGAACUAUUCGUACUCGUCUCCGUCUUGGCCUGUUCGUCCGCACAGAUACUCGAUCUGAGUCCAGGACAAGUUCAAGGGUUUGAAUACAUCACGAAGGGUGGUGAAACUGCCGAGGUUUUUCUCGCAAUACCUUACGCCGCUCCUCCCAUAGGAGAACUAAGAUUCGAGAAGCCUGCUGCCGUUUCGCCAUGGAAAGGAUUACAUAAUGGGACAGCGUUCGGUCCUACUUGCCAUCCACAUACACGUCAUGCCACUCUGCCGCCGAAUCCCAGCGAAGACUGCUUAACACUGAAACGUGAUUCGCCCAAAGAAAGCGGUGAGCAUUCCUACGAGGCUGAGUUCAGCCUGAAAGAAGUUUUCUUCAUUGUGAAAUAUUGUCAGGCUCCCCCUGGUGGCUAUCCUAUUCUCCUGUGGGUUCAUGGCGGAGGCUAUGAGAUCGGGUCGGCCAGCUUGUACGGAUACAAAGGAUUUGCGGAUAUCUACAUACCAAAUGACAUUAUCGUCAUCACCAUACAGUAUCGCUUGGGUGUAUACGGUUUCUUCUCUUCUGGUGAUUCGCGCAUUCCUGGAAAUCUCGGCUUAUUCGACAUGGCUGCAGCACUCAAGGUAUUUUUGAAUCAAUUCAUAAAAUAG